AUGGGUGGGUUUGUGCUCAUGGGAUUUUCUGUGAAACCUGAGUUAGAACUCGCUUAUGCUUCUCUAUUCUUCAUCUUGUACUUGUUGGCACUAACUGGCAAUAGCCUCAUUAUAGCCACCACUUCCGUGGAUGACAAUCUCAACUCCCCCAUGUACUUCUUCCUGAAGCAUCUCUCCUUCUUGGAUCUCUGCUAUAUUUCUGUGACUGUCCCAAGGUUCAUUUUAAGCACAUUCAUGGGGAGCAGAAACAUUUCUUUCUGGGAAUGCAUCAUGCAGUGCUUUGUUUUCAUGGUGUGUGCCAUGGCUGAGACUUCCAUGCUCACAGUGAUGUCCUAUGAUCGCUAUGUGGCCAUCUGCCUUCCAUUGCACUAUGACAUCAUCAUGGAUGUCAGAACCUGUGUCCAUGGAGUCAUUGGAGUCUGGGUCAGUGGAGUGAUAGCUGGAGUCAUGCACACAGCAGCCACAUUCUCCAUCCAGUUCUGUGGCCCUCGAGUUAUCCAUCAGUUCUUCUGUGACAUUCCCCAGAUCCUGAAACUCUCCUGUUCUAAUGACUAUAUUAGUGAGGUUGGUGUAUCUGUCUUCCUAUCUGUGGUCGCAUUACUUUGUACUAUCUUUAUUGGAUUCUCCUAUACCCACAUAUUUUCCUCUGUGCUGAGGAUGCCAUCUGCAGAAGGCAGAGCCAAGGCCUUUUCUACUUGCCUUCCCCACCUUGCUGUGGUCAUAUUAUUUCUUUCUACAGCUGCCUUUGAGUAUUUUAAGCAAAAUUAUGACUCUCCAACUGCUUUAGACAUGUUUCUCACUAUUAUGUAUGCAGUAGUUCCCCCAGUACUCAAUCCAGUGAUCUAUAGUCUCAGAAAUAAAGCCAUUAAGACAGCCCUAAGAAAGGUUUUUAAGAAGAAGAAAAGCAUAGUUCUUUUGUUGGGGCAAUUUGAUUAA